AUGCAGCAGAAUCCUGAACCAAAAUUCUCCCAACUCUCAGAGGAUUAACGCAACAACAAUGUCGAAAUUCGACCCUUACGAACACCUCCAGAUCAAUCUCAACCCCGACGGUGGCAUCACCCGCCUCAUGGAAUUGCCCGAUGUCGACCCCAACCCCGAACCCGUACCUGGUAAACACACCGUCUCCAAAGACAUUAUAAUUAACUCCGAAACAAACGUCUUUGCUCGUAUAUACCGGCCAACGAAACUGCCAUCCAACGACAUGACCGUCGCCCGCCUUCCCAUUUUGCUAUACUUCCACGACGGGGGCUUCAUCUUCGGCAGGGCAUCCAACGUGCUGACCGAUAAAGCAUGCUACGAGUUCAGCGGUGAAAUACCCUCCAUCGUUGUCUCCGUCGAUUACCGUCUUGCACCGGAGAACCGGCUUCCAGCGCAGUACGAGGAUGCCGUGGAUGCAAUCCUCUGGGUGAAGAAACAGGUGAUGGACACAACAGGGGAGCAGUGGCUUAAAGAUUACGGAGACUUCACCAGAUGUUACCUUGGCGGGCGAGGCUCCGGUGCCAACAUUGCGUUCCAGGCUGCGUUAAGAUGUUCUGCUUUGGAUCCGAAGCCUAUAGAGAUCACUGGAAUUUUCAUGAACCAACCCAUGUUUGGAGGAAAACAAAGGAAACAGUCUGAGCUGACUUUCGCAACGAAUCAACUGCUACCGUUACCGGUGAUUGACCUCCUGUGGGAACUAGCAUUGCCCAAAGGAACCGAUCGGGACCAUCGUUUCAGCAAUCCGAUGUCAGAUGGACCGUACAGGAGAAAGAUUGGUUCAAUUUUAAGGAGGUGUUUAGUGAUCGGGUAUGCUUUGGAUCCUAUGAUCGACCGGCAGCAAGAGUUUGUGAAUAUGUUGGUGACGAGCGGCGUCCAAGUUGAGGCACAUUUUGAUGAUUUGGGGUUCCACAAUGUUGAUAUGGUGGAUAUAAAUAGAGCACAAGCUAUCUUGAAUAUAAUCAAGGAAUUUAUCAUCUGAAAAACUACCCUCCCCUCAACCCCCCCGCCUUUUGCUUUUUAGUCAAUUGUAGUAGGAACAUGGACCAUAUUUCUUGCGUUAUCUCAAUUAAUGGCCACCAGUUCU